AAAAAAAAAAAAAAAAAAGGCUGGCUCCAUAUAAAGCGCCGAGAAUCCUGCUGUGCAUGUUCUCCGUUUCUCUAAAUCGCCUUCCUCCCCCUCUUCCCGUUUUAAAUAGAACAACUACUCAAUUCUCGUUCAUUUCAUCCACACAAUCGCGCACACGCUCAUGAGCAUUCAAAAUAAUAGCAAGGAGGGUGGAGAAUUUCCCUUUACAGAUGUGCAGGAGGAGUCAAAGGAGGUCAAGGCAAUCGCCGCCGUUGCGCACAUCAGAAAUGUUGAACCCGCUGCAACCGCAGAUGCUUUUAUUCCUACCUCUGCCUCUGCCUCUACAGGAACCAGGCCUGAAACCUCCCGUCGUAUUCGCGAGGCCCCUUCGGGUUGCGAUAGAGUCCAGAGCUCCGGAGGGGAGAGGAUUCGAAAUCAAGCGCGACUCUGUUUUAAGGGCAGAGCGCGGGACUUGAUAGAGGGGACGACGACGACGGAUUUUGAAAAUUGUCGCGGGAAUGACGACCACCUCAGCUCCACAGGCUCCGCGGGCUCCACGGUCACCGAUAACAGGCAGUGCCGGAAUAAAACCGACAAUGUCGCGGAAAUCGCAGGUUCGGCGGAGGGGUGCGAAUCUGAUUUUCAACGGAUCGCUGUAUCUGGGAUCAGGGAAUGCGGUGGAUCCGGUAGAGGGGCAAGCGUAAGCGCAAGUGAAGGAGCAGGAGUAAGAGUAAGAGUAAAAGCAAGAACGGGAGAGGAAGAAAGCUCCGAUGCUAAAGUACAUAUGCCAACGCUUGAGACGGAGACAAGUAGCGCCGCGUAUCAUCAUCAUCAUCUCCUUCAACCGCCGAAUAACUAUCUGUCAGUAGAGAUGGACACAUCCUCCCUCGUCUCUCUCGACACGCUGUCCGAUACAAGUUGCACCACUUCCUGUGGAGGAGCUCCUCCGUCCACGAUUUCACUCCCACACGAUUCACCCUUUGAUCCCUCUGGCCAAGGUUAUCUUUUCAGCACCGCCUCUGGUUCCCACAACGGCAGUAUCCAUGCUAACAUCAGUACUACGACCCUUGUUAAUCCUGACCCCGCAGACCUCCACACAGUUCAUUCUUCUAAAAGCCCCAGUCCCGAAUUACUCUCCUCCGCGAGCCCGGUCAGUUCAAAGAAACCCAGCCCGGUCGAUGGACCCAGCCCAUUCGACAACAACAACAACAACAGCAACAAUAAUAAUAAUAAUAACAAUAGCAGCAACGACAACAGCAACAACCACAACAGCAACAACUAUAACUACAUCAACAGCGCUCAAGGCGAAUGUGACGAGGGCGACGGGACUUUAGAAGCUCCCGACGGAGGGUGGAAAGCCUGGUCGGUGGUACUGGGAUCGGUCCUGAUCCAGACGUUCGCGUUUGCGCCGACAGAGUUCAUCUUUGGGGUGUUCGUCCAGGAGUACUUGGAGUCGUUCCCGAAGGCGAGCCCAUCCGCGGUGGCGUUGAUUGGCACGACCGGGACCUGUGUGACCUAUCUGAUGGGGAUGGUGGCGGGCACCCUGGCUGGGCGGUGGGGAUAUCGGGCCACUGCGUUCGUGGGGACCUUGGUUAUGACGGUAGCUUUAAUCCUGGCAUCCUUCGCUACACAGAUCUGGCAUCUCUAUCUAUCACAAGGGAUAUUAUUUGGCACCGGGGCCUCGCUCGUCUAUUUCUCGGCCAUUGCCGCACCCACAUAUUGGUUCAAGAAGAAGCGUGGACUGGCCCUGGGGAUCGGCGCCUCCGGAGCAGGUCUGGGCGGAUUCUAUCUGGCGCCGUUGACCCAGUAUUUGGCCGGCCAUGUUGGCAUCCAUUGGACCUUACGCGUCCUCGCCAUGUAUAGUUUGGUUGUCUGUGGCAUCGCAAGUGUAUUGCUCUUCGAACGCGAAAAGCCCGAACGCAGACAAAAGUUGUUAAUGAAGGAUCUGAAGAAUGCACAUCCAAAGAAGAUAGGGUCCAGCUUCACCAUGCCUGCGUAUUCAAAAGACACGGUGUUUGUGAUGCUGGCUCUUUUCCAAUUAUGUCUCUCAUUGGCCUACCUAACGCCGGUCUACUUUAUGGAGUUGUACAGCACCCACAUCGGCAACUCAAAACAAGCGGGCGCUGCCAUCAACGCCUGGUUCAACGCUGCAUCCUUUGUUUCCAGGAUCGCCUCCGGAAUACUUGCGGAUCUGGUUCCUCCGCAAUGGGUCCUGAUGGGCUGUAUCUGGGUCAUCGUGUUUGCCGUGCUCAUCCUCUGGACCUUUGCAAAGACCUUCCUGCUCUUCCUUCUCUUCGCUGUCCUCUACGGGGCCGCGUUCUCUGGAGUGUCCACGGUGACGCCAGUCAUUAUUGCGGAUUACUAUGGUCAUGCACAGGUGGCCAGGGUGCUCGGGAUCGUCUAUACGGCCUCGAGUCCGGCGCUGCUCGGAGGAUCGUUCAUCAGCGGAAACCUCCUAGAGAUGACCAAGACCGAGGUCAACUUCUUGCCGGUGAUCAUGUCCGCCGGAGGCAUGUUCGCGCUGUCCGCGAUUUUUGCGACGGCCUGGGUCGUCCUUAUGGCCCAGCGGAGCAUAGCCCCGAGACCGAGGGAUCCUGCCCCCACUCCCACGCGGCGUACAAGCAUAGAAGUGUAGAGCGAAGG